CGUUCCUUUUUACUUGUCAGGCACUCUUGGUUUCUUUCAGGUUUCCUCAGCAACCAAACGGAAACUUUCAGCUUCCUUUUUCUACUGCAUUUGCUUGACUUGGUUUUAUGAAUUUUGUUGGAUUGAUCUCUGAAAAGAUGGAUACUACGUGGUGCUCUUGUUCCCAAUUCCGUCUGGGAUUAUAGUGCUACAAAUUUGUGAGGUUUGAGCUCUGGCCUAGUAGAAAUGAGUGUGGUGGGAUUUGAUUUUGGAAAUGAGAACUGCGUUAUUGCGGUUGCGAAGCAAAGUGGUAUUGAUGUUUUGUUGAAUGAUGAAUCGAAGCGUGAAACACCAGCAGUGGUGUCAUUUGGAAAGAAGCAGCGAUUCAUGGGUUUUGCUGGAGCCGCUAGUGCGACAACGAACCCCAAAUCAACAAUUUCUCAGGUGAAGAGGUUAAUUGGACAGAAAUUUAUGGAACCAGAUGUUCAGAAAGACCUUAAAUCGUUCCCUUUUGAAUGUGUAGAAGGCCCAGAUGGUGGCAUCUUAAUUUGCUUAGAAUACUUGGGUGAGAUACAAACAUUUGCUCCGGUUCAGAUUCUGGGGAUGUUGUUUUCUCAUUUGAAGCGCAUAACUGAGAAGAAUCUUGAAACGGACAUUUCGGAUUGUGUGAUUGGGAUUCCCUCUUACUCUACGGAUUUGCAGAGACGUGCUUAUUUGGACGCUGCAGAGAUUGCUGGACUGAGGCCACUGAGAUUGAUGCAUGACUGUACUGCUACAGCGCUUGGCUAUGGUAUUUACAAGACUGAUUUCCCCAUUGAAGGCCCAACUUAUGUUGUGUUUGUCGACAUUGGGCAUUGUGACACACAGGUUUGUGUUGCAUCAUUUGUGAGUGGACAAAUGAAGAUAAUUUCCCAUGCUUUUGACAGGAACUUGGGAGGGAGAGAUUUUGAUGAGGUUCUAUUCAGUUAUUUUGUGGCGCAGUUCAAGGAGCAGUAUAACAUUGAUGUCUACUCAAAUGCCAGAGCAUCUAUUCGGUUGAGGGCAUCUUGUGAGAAACUAAAGAAGGUGCUGAGUGCAAAUGCUGAGGCGCCACUAAAUAUAGAGUGCCUGAUGGAUGAGAUAGAUGUUGAAGGUUUUAUUAAAAGGGUGGAGUUUGAGAAAUUGUCAACGAACUUGUUGAAUAAAAUCCUGGAAACUUGUGGUAAGGCUUUGUCUGACUCUCGUUUAACUGUGGGGGAGAUUCGCUCAGUAGAGCUUGUUGGCUCAGGGUCUCGGAUACCAAUAAUUGGUAGGAUACUAGCUUCUUAUUUCAAGAGAGAACCAAGCCGGAAAAUGAAUGCAAGUGAGUGUGUUGCUCAUGGUUGUGCUCUUCAGUGUGCAAUGCUUAGCCCAACAUUCUGUGUGAGAGAAUAUGAGGUUGAAGAUGCAUUUCCUUUCUCCAUAGGAUUCUCAUCGGAUAAAGGUCCAGUUUGCAGGCUGUCAAAUUAUGCUCUUUUGCGAAAACACCAACCAUUCCCCAGUGUUAAGAUUCUUAGUUUGCAUAGGACUCGUAUGUUCCAUAUGGAAGCUUACUAUGCUGAUCCAAGUGAAUUGCCCUCUGGUGUAUCAUCUAAAAUCAGUAGUUUUAUGAUUGAACCUUUCCAAGUUUCUCACAUGGAAGCAAGAAAAGUUAAAGUUAGAGUGCAGCUAAACAUGCAUGGGAUUGUUACUCUUGUAUCAGCCUCAAAUCAGCUAUUAGAAAAUCAUAUGGAUGAUCCUCUUACAAGGAGUGAUACUCAUUUGACUUCAGCAAAGAUUGAGGUGGAAUCCAAUCAUGGGUCUUCUAGUGCCAAAGAUAAUAAUCUCAAACGGUUGCAACCUUCAUCCAUGUCUGCUGCUGAUGGAAUGAGAAAAAGCAAGCUUGUCAAUAAGCUGGUUAUUCGUGUUAGUGAGAGUGUCCAUGGUGGAAUGACAAAUGCGGAGCUCUCAGACGCUAAAGAGAAAGAAUAUCAGCUGGUGCAACAAGACCAAAAGAUUGAGGAUACAAAAGAUAAGAAAAAUGCAUUGGAGUCCUAUGUCUAUGAGAUGCGUGAUAAGAUGUUAAAUAAAUACAGGGGCUUUUCCACCGAGUCACAGCUGGAAGGGAUCUCCAAUAAUCUUCAACAGACAGAAGAGUGGCUUUAUGAGGAAGGAGCUGAUGAAUCUCUAGAUGUUUAUACUGAAAAACUGGAGUAUCUUAAACAGCUGGUUGAUCCCAUUGAAAACCGAUUUAAAGAAGAAAAGGUGCGAAAUGAAGCUAGUAAGGGUCUGUCAGAUUGUGUCACAAAUUAUCGGAUGGUUAUAGGGUCACUUCCAGCCAGUGAGAGAGCUGCGGUCAUUGAUGUAUGCAAUAAAGCAGAGCAAUGGUUGCAUUCUUUGCCUAAAGAUACUGAUCCGGUACUAUGGUCAAAUGAAAUCAAGAGAAAGACACAGGCUCUUGACAAGACAUGCAAAUGUAUAAUGAGAUCCUAUGCUUCUCUCCCAAGCCUAGAGGAUGCGAAUGACUCAGACCAGAGAGACAAACCUGAUGGCUUUAGAAUGCAAAUAGAUUGAUGUGGGUUGACGUAACUUUGAGUUAACUAAGAAUAUAAGACACACAGCACAAAACUUGAUCGCAUGAAGUAGAUUCACGCUGAUUCAUCUGGAAUCUGUUUGCUGUUUGACCAAUGCAAAAUCUUUACUCUUCUAGCAGAAAGCAGAGAUCGUCUUUAUACGGUGAGAUCCAGUUUUGUUUCUUCGCUUAAUCAGAACAGUGGCAUUAUGGAUAAUGACUCUUUGCUUAUUGUUUUUAUAUUUUUGGUUUUGAUUUUACUUAUUCAAUGUGUAUGAUCGGAAAGAAAAUUAUACUCUUAUGACAAUGCAUGUAGCCUAUUGGAUAAACUGUAAACCUCAUAUAUACACGACAUUUUAGUUGGAUGCAAAUGGAUGCAUCCAACUAAAAUGGAUGGUCAUGAUUCAUGAUU